AUGUCUCUGGACCAGGUCACCGGCGGCCUCAACCGCGUCCCGGUAAACAAACCCGACGCUCCCAAGCCUACCAAAAACAUCCCAAAACUAGACCGACCCGUGAAACAAGUCCACAAGCAAACCAAAGACAUAACCGACCCUAUAGUCCCAGGUGAAUUUCCACGCGACGGAGGCACACCCCGCACCCAACAUGAACCAACCCCCCCUUCAACCUUCACAAGCGUCUGGAGCGGGAUCACGGAAUGGUUCUCAAAUAUCGUCCCGUCAACGAUGGACAGGUUCGAAGGCUUCAUGAAAUGGCUCGUGAUGUACCUCCUCCCCCCGCAGAAGCAGGCAGAGGUGUACGAGGCUGCGAUGAAGAGACCUAUUGCCACAACGUUUAUUAUAUGUCAGAUGAUCUGCUGUGGGGUUCCGCUGUUAAUUUUCUUGGCGGGCGUUUUUGUGUUUGCUGCUGUUGCGCUGAUCCUGUGGGCGGUUUUGUCGUUGUUAAUUCUCGGGCCAGUCUUGUUGGUUGCUAGUAUGAUGGGUGUGUCGCUUUGGGGGUGGGGAUGGAUCCUUUAUGGAUUGCUGGGUUGGGUUGAUCAGAAGUUUUUGGGGGGGGAUGAUCAGUCGAUUUUGGAUUCCUAG